AUGAAUAAAAUGAAUAAGUUAAAGGGAAACAAAAAGUGCACGGCGAGCCAGGCAAAUAGGGCAAUCUUAAAACGAUUUGAAACAGAAGGACAACACGUUAUUCUGUAUUUCGAUGAGAUAAAAGAGGUGGAUUUCUCGCUGGAUAUCACGCAGAGUACAUUAGUAAAGAACGCCCAGCCAGGUGUUGUCAGUGUCUACGAUUAUUACAAACCAGAAAGCCAAGGGAAGGUUAUGUACAACAUCACUGAAGAUGAUUGCCGUGGUGAAGAAGGAGGAUGCUCAUUGACACCGUGUGGUUCUAACGGUUACUGCACAAACACCAACGGUUCUUACUUCUGCCAGUGUGCAUCAGGUUUCACAUCAUCGGACGGUGGACGAACUUGUACAGCAACGAAGUGCCCUGUGGGUUGGCAGGCAUUCGAUGGACUCUGCUUUUAUAUCAGCAAUGGCGUUGCGACAUCAUGGAAUAGUGCGAAAGACAACUGUCGUGAACGUGGCGGCCAUUUGGCAGUUCCAACCAACACGAAAACGAAUAAUUAUCUCUAUCAGGUUAUUAAGCAACAUAACGUCUUCGCAGCGUGGAUUGGCGUGUACCGAAGAUCAGGAAGAGUGUUUUACACAGUGGGUGAAGAGAAGAUCUCGUAUAAAAACUGGAAUAGAUGGGAGCCAAACAAUGCUGGUGGGCAGGAGAACUGCGUCGAAAUGUUAAACAGGGAAACAGGGAAAUGGAAUGAUCGGAGAUGUAACUUCAGCGGUCGUCGUUACCUUUGUCAGCGGUGUCUGUGAAUAUACGAGAGCAGCUGCGAUGGAAAAGCUUUUUUUUCCGAUAAAAAGAAAA